AUGUCUCUGUCGUAUCGACCCGCCAACGACCUUCUUCCCCCAGGGCUCCUCUGGUGGGAAAAUGUCUGCUCGAGCGCUGGCUCGUUUGUGACGCCUGGCUUCGAGUCCCUGUUCACUCCCAAGGUAGACGACAAAACCGGGGACGAGCCCUCCAGGAACUGGUCGGGCGCCGUCAUAUCCGCAACUAAGAAUUACAGCUUCGACCGAGUCUGGGGCUCUUGGACCGUCUCGCGGCCGCACCCAGACAACUGGGCUUGGAAGCCGCAAUACUGGAAGUCGGCCGAAUUCGCCGCCGGCACCUGGGUCGGCAUCGAUGGCGAAUAUGAGAACGGCAAAGGAAGCAGAGACGUCCUACAGGCCGGCGUUGGCCAUCGGUGCAUCGUCUCGACGCACCAGGACACCGAGUACAAGAUCCACCCCUGGUGGGAAUGGGCGCCGGAGCGGCCGUGGACCAUCACCGGCUUCCAGAUCGCAGAGGGCGAUCUCGUCAGCGUUUCCGUCUUUGCCGAGACGUCGACGACGGCACACAUCCUCUUCAACAACCUCUCCGCGUGCACGUACACCAGCUUUAAUGUCACGGCCCCCGGCACCACCGAGCUGAAGGGCAACUGCGCCGAGUGGAUCGUCGAGGCCCACCACCCGCUGUCAAGGGGAAAGCCCUCCAUGUCGUAUCUCGGCGCCACCUUCUUCUUCAACUGCGGCGCGAUCGAGAAGGCGGUCGCCGAUACCCACGGAGAGAUCAAGCAGGGCGAUGUCCUGUCCACUGCGGUCCGCGCCUACUCCAACGACGUCGUCCUGGGCGUUGUCGCGGAGCGCAGAGUCCAUAGCCACAGGAUCGUCUACACUCCCCCUGGGUCGCUAUGGGCAAGGAUCAGGAUACUAGGACAGCAAGUCCGGCCCUUGGGCUUUGUGGCCUUUGCGCCAAUUGAUUAA